CCUCUCCAGUGCAGACCUCGGCGUUGGACACAAGUGAAGGGUUAUUUUCUGUGUGUGUAUGUGUGUGUGUGUGUGUGCCACUUGGGAAUUAACUACCAUAUAGCUGUCAUUAUGCCGGCCAAGCCUGCCCCGAUUAAGAAGAAACUAGUCAAGAAGGUGGAAAAGGCGCCGGCGCCCGCACCUGAGCCAGAGGCGGCCCCUGCCCCGGAUCCCGAGCCAGCCCCGGAGCCCUCCCCGGUCGUGGAAGCCCCCCCGGCCGAGUCUGCCGCUCCGGCAGAGGGGGCGCCCGCUGAUGCAGAGGCGGUUGCACCUGCUGAGGACGCCACGCCUGCUGUGGAGGGCGAGGCCACUGCUGCCCCCCCCGCUGAAGCUGCUGAGGCGCCCGAGCCCGAAGAGCCUAAAGCACCCAGUCCGCCGCCACCUCCACCCAAAGAGCCCACGAGCGCCCCCCUUGAUCUGUUCGUGGAGGACAAGAACGACACUUCGGUGACCAUCAUCUGGAGCCAGCCGGAGGUUAUCGGCCCGUCCGGCCUAGACGGGUACACCGUUGAGGUGUGCCAGGAUGGAACUGAGGACUGGAAGGCCUCAAACGAUGACCUUCAGAAGUCCUGCCGCUACAUCAUCAAGAACCAGACUACCGGAGACCGGCUCAAGAUCCGCGUGGUGGCCGUGAACGCCGGAGGACGAAGUCCGCCCGUCACCCUACCGGAGGCUGUUGUGGUGAAGGACGUUGCCGAUCGUCCCAAGGUGCGCCUGCCUCGCUUCCUCAGGCAGAGAUACGUGGCUAAUGUUGGAGACAAGAUCAAUCUGACCAUCCCCUUCAUAGGCAAACCCAAGCCUGUGGUGAGCUGGACCAAAAAUGGGCAGCCACUAGAGAAAGGAAGGGUGAACAUCCGGAGCACGGAGAGAGACAGCAUUAUCUUUAUCCGAGUGGCCGAGAGGGACGACUCCGGCGUCUAUGAGAUGUCCGUCAAAGUGGAAGACUUUGAGGACAAGGCCACACUCACCCUGCAGAUUGUCGAGCUUCCUGGGCCUCCAGCCAGCGUAAAGAUUGUAGACACAUGGGGCUUCAACGUGGCUCUGGAGUGGACGCCACCCAAAGACAAUGGCAACACAGAAAUCACAGGCUACACUGUCCAGAAGGCCGACAAGAAGACCGGAGACUGGUUCACUGUGAUGGAGCACUACCACCGACUCAAUGCCACCAUCUCGGACCUCGUCAUGGGCAACACCUACAAGUUCCGCGUGUUCUCUGAAAACAAGUGCGGAAUCAGUGAGGAGGCAGGAGUCACUAAGGAUGAGGCCAAGAUCGUCAAGACGGGAAUUGAGUACAAGGCCCCAGAGUACCAGCAGCAUGACUUCUCGGAGGCACCCAAGUUCACCACCUCUCUGGCCAACCGAGCCACAACGGUGGGCUACAGCACCAAGCUGCUGUGCUCCGUCAGGGGAUACCCCAAGCCCAAGAUCGAGUGGCUGAAGAACCAAAUGGUCAUCGGCGACGACCCCAAAUUCCGUCAGAUUUGCGUGCAGGGCAUCUGUUCCCUCGAGAUCCGCAAGCCGGUGAGCUUCGACGGAGGCGUUUACACCUGCCGAGCUAAGAACAACCACGGCGAGGUCAUGGUCAGCUGCAAGCUUGAAGUUCGACAGCCCGUUGUUGGAGAGGCGGGGAAGAAAUAGGCAGUCUUCUUCAUUCGCACAGGAGCAGAGGGAGCGAGGCCUUCGCAGCAUAAGGACAGUUAUGGAUUCCUUGAAAGAACAUGUACAGUAUAAACGGCUGAUGACGCCAAACCUAAAAAGCCACCGUCUUUUUCCCCAAAAUAACAACAAACUAUACAUAUUUGUGAGAAUGAAUCUGCUGCUAUUUUCUAAAAAAAAAAAUGCACUCAAGCUAAGAGAUGCUUGCAACUUGAAUCACUAUAUUUGCUAACGGAACCAAUCAUGUCUCUAAAUAAACAUUGUCUGGUCAUUUUU